AGUACUUGUACAGUUCUGAUCUACGACGUACACAAGCUGUAUGCAUGCCUCAUACUCCACAGUUUCUUUUCGUACUCCCCUGGUAGCAACGUGGAGUCAAUGCUUGCACACUGCCAGUGUGGCUGAAAUGCGGAUGUAAAUUUGCCGAUCCACUUCGGCGGGAGCGAUCGGUGCCACCCAAUCCGCCGUCGCAGCUCUCCUUUUUUGCUUGUUAACCACCACCCCUCCCCUCAUCAAGUGCCGUAUCUCUGUGGAACGACAACUGCGCAAGAUGGCUGGGAACGUGCCCGCAAAUGAAUUUCAAGCAAGGCUGAAUGCACUGUCCGGCCGAAUGGCUGGUGCAGAUGAAGGACGGACAACCUUUGGAGGAACUCCUGCAAACUGAUGGUCCUCUUCGCGGCUUUGAGUCUCAGAGGCUGAGGUCCUACUUCACUUCACACGGUUUGGUCCCUGUCAGAGACCUGGACCUCUAUGGCAUGGCCGUCUUCAGCGGGAACCGCAUAGACGUGAAGACCGAUUUCGAAAACCGACUAGCUCGCUUCCGCGCUUCAGCACGCUCCGAAGAGGAAGCACGCAAGGCCGCCGCCCACGAGAUCUACGAGCUCUCUUGGGGCCCGACGCGCGUUCCCGUGUACGAUCUCAUCUUCCUCGCGAUCCUCGUAACCCCCGAGCAGCGCCAGGGACUGCUCGACGUCGCGCGCUACCUCAUCGCCGAGGCGAAGGUGCCCGUCGACGGCGCCGACCUGUCGGGCGCGCAGGCCAUCUACCACUGCGUCUCGACGAAGCCCGUGUUCGACCCGGAGCUCGCGCAGAUCCUGUACGACGCGGGCGGGGACGUGAACGCGCGGAACCGCUAUGGCGGCACGUCCGCGCACGAGAUCGUGCUCGUGUACGACCUGCACAACCGCGAGACGAUGCAGCGCUCUGCGGACGCGCUCAAGUGGUUCCUCGACCACGGCGGGAACCUGGACAUCAAGGACAACGACGGCGCCACGGCGCGCAGCUGUAUCGUGUCCAUGCGCGAGAAGAUGCGGACCGCGCGGAGGAGCCUCCGCCUCCCGAUGUGGGACGUCCUCGACCGCGAGGACCAGCGGAGAGCCAGGUUGGCGGAGAGUAUAUGCAGUUUCUGUGGACGCGAUGACGCGAAGCUUCUGAAAUGUUCGCAGUGCAUGAAGGCGCGGUAUUGCACACCGCCGCGGACAUGUCAGAAGUCAGACUGGCCAAAACACAAAACUCCUUGUAAAGCUGCAUCCAGGACGCAGGCUCAACCGGCGACGCAGGCAACCUACCUCGGUGUGCCACUCUUUUAGAACGGAGUCGACCGGGUCCGCGUAGCAACAUCACAACUAUCUAAUUCCAUAUCGUUCGAGUAAUGCUACAUCCUAUCGUCUUACCAGUUACCAGCAAUCGUUUGAUAGCUACGUACGAACCGUUUGACUUAGAAUACAGUUGUGGCAGUAGCACACGAGUAAUAUUGUCAUAAGGCUGUUGAGAGUGCUAUCCUUCCAAUCA